AUGCCGGCAAAGUUUGUGGCGUAUAGCACCACAAAGACUUUCUGGCGCGGCUGGAAAUGCAAGACCGAGCCCUUGAUGGACCCGCAGCCGGCGCGGCCCACGGUGAGAUCGUACCGCCAGCAGCGGCAGAUGCAAGCCGCCGGGGCGGGCGAGACCGAGGGAAACGCGGGCGCCGCGGGCGCGGCGCCGGCCUCCCCCACGUCCCCGGCUUCACCGACGCCCGCAGGCAACGACGCCGCACCGCCCGCCAGCUCCACCGGCAGCCGCGGAGGCUAUGGAGCUCGUCGGGGCCAGCAGUCCACCACAGAAGCUGCUGGCCAGGACUCUUCCUUCUGA